AUGGCCACAGGCGGGCCCAUAGCUUCUCACACAAUCUGGAGCUGCUGCCGGAGCCACAGGAAACACUGGGAGGAGCAGCACAACUGCAAGGAGGAAGAGGAGGAGGAGCUGCUGCAGCAGCAGCAGCAGCAGCAGCAGCAGCAGCAGCAGCAGCAGCAGCAGAAGUGCUACAAGAACUGCAGAGGCCUGUUGCCCAUCGUCCUCUCCUCCCACCUCGGUGGCGUGGGGCUGCCUCGACGGUGUGUAACGCCAGAGAGAAUUAGGAGUCCGCCCUCCUGCAGGGCAUGGCUGGUCGAAAGGAAAGGGGAAAGGAUGGGGAAGACGACGGGGAAAACGAGCCAUGGAGUGAGAUUAUUGAGGAGAGGAAGGGGGAGCAUUGAGGAGUGUGAUGAGAAGCGACAAGGGAGGAGGAGUGUGCGAGUGAAAAGCGAGAGCUCCCUUUUGUCAGCUGCAUCAGCAGGAGUAACAGCGCCAGUGUCCCCCGGAGAGUCAAUCCGAGCAGCCGUGGCAGUCUAUUCCGCGUCGAGAGAUUUCUGGCGGCCCCCUUCCACCCCCAAGCCUAUUAUGGAUGGCAGAGCAAAGCAAGCCAAGCUCAGCCUCCCUAGGUACUCCCCCCCGAUACCACCUAUUGGGCUGGAGAAGCUGAUGGAGGGCGCAGCAGGGGGAGGUGGGAGUGGGGCAGGUGGGACUGGUGGGACUGGUGGGCUUGCUGGGCUUGGUUUGUUUGGUGGUGGGGGUGCGGGUUGGGGGUUGGGAACGGGGUGGUGGGGUGCCGGAGAGGGUGCGGAAGGGGGAAAGGAAGGGAAGGAGGGGAAGGAGGAGACAGGAGAGGCGGGGUGGGCUGGGUUUGAAGGGUUGGCGGAUGUGGCAUGGGGGAUGGUGUGGGGGGGAGGAGGGGGUGGAGGUGGGGAGGGGACGACUGAGGAGAAGAAAGAGGGGCCCGUGGAUGAGGAAGGUGUAGGGGAGGCUCUGGGAGAUAAGGAAGAAGAAAUAUUAGUGGAAGGAGGAGAGGAGGAAAGAUUGAAUGUGGGUGACAUUAGCCUUUGUACAGAAGGGGGUGAGGAAGACGAUGGGGAGGUUUCAGAAGGGGAGGCAAAAGGAGGUGGUUGA